AUGGCUUUCAGAAUCAAUCUUCCACCUGUCUCCCGAGUCCUCCUCGCCGUCAUUAUUACCCUGACUUUUCUCUACAACAUUGCUCGAUGGCGGCUUUCUUCCGACGAAGCCGCACCAACAACUCCUCCCGCACGGCCUAUCGUUCCUUAUCUUGCUCUUAUCCCAUCGCAGUGUUUAUGGUAUCCUUGGACAUUACUCAGCGCCACCUUUGUGGAACAAAAUAUCUUUACACUGCUCAUCAAUGGCGCCACGGUUUUCUUUGGCGGCAAAUAUCUGGAAAGAGCCUGGGGUUCUCAAGGCUUCAUACAUGUCAUACUCAUUUCUUCAAUAAUACCCAAUCUCCUGGUUGUGCCUACGUACAUCAUAUGGGCAGCCCUGACCGGCAACCCCGAGAGAGCGCUGACUCCGAUCAAUGGCGGCAUAACCACACAGGCGGCCUUCCUUGUCGCAUUCAAACAACUCGUUCCCGAACAUACCGUGAGCAUCUACAAGGGCAUGGUCAAAAUGCGCGUCAAGCAUUUUCCCGCAGUAUUCCUGGCUGUCAACACUUUGUCCGGCAUCAUUCUAGGGACCGACACUGCUUUCAUCCUGGCUUGGUAUGGAUUGAUCACGACAUGGACAUAUCUUCGAUUCUACAAAAGCCAACCCGAUCUGUCAGCCACAAACACCGACGGUCGAGGUUUAAAGGGCGAUGCCAGUGAGACCUUUGCAUUUGCGACCUUCUUUCCCGACGUGAUUCAGCCACCUAUUGCGGCAUUCUGUAACCAAAUAUUUAUCUUGCUAUGCAAAUUGAAGAUAUGCACCCCAUUCUCCGAUGAAGAUAUCGCAACAGGAAAUGAGCAAGCUGCAGCAAGGGGCGAGGCUGGACUGCCCAGUUUCAACAAGCAACCCCGUGGCGCACGAGGCAUGAGCAAGCGGGAGGAGGCGGAACGACGACGAGCGUUGGCCCUCAAAGCAUUAGAUGAAAGGCUGAACGCAGCAAGUAGUCGAGUACCAACUCAGCCAACCACGACUAAUGUGCCUAAUCUUCCAAAAGGACAGGAGAUGCUGGGACAGACAGAUUAUCGACCUGACGAGUAA